GGGCGUGACGAGUAUCCCCUUCCUCCACUCGGGAUUAGGGUUCUUGGAUCGAUGGCCCGGCAGCGCGAAUUGGAGGGCGGCCAGAGUAGUGAUUCCCGGCAUAGCUUAGCUCCGUGAGAGGCGUGUUCUAGAUUUGCAGCGGCAUUGUGGGAAUGGAGCUGGGGAGGAGCUCAUUCUGGCGAUGAAAGCUGGGGAUUUCUACGAAGUAAGCCUAUGAGUGUCUUGAAUCGCUACAAAGAUCUGGAUUUAGGGCAGCAAAUGGCGUCGAUUGAGGUCCUGGGAUUCUCGGCACUGUGUACCUGUGCCGCGGUGCUGCUCUCCACAUGGCAUAUUUACAUGCAUCUCAUGAACUACACGGAGCCGACGUUCCAACGCUACAUUGUGAGGAUCAUCUUCAUGGUUCCGGUCUAUGCGAUGAUGUCUUUCCUCUCGCUCGUGUUGAACGACAAAUCCAUUUACUUCAACUCUAUACGAGAUAUAUACGAAGCCUUCGUGAUCUACAACUUCUUGUCCCUGUGCCUAGCUUGGGUCGGUGGUCCCGGCGUCGCAGUCCAGAACUUAAGUGGUCGAGUUUUGAAGCCAUCAAUCCAGCUGAUGACUUGUUGCUUCGCUCCCAUUCCUCUCGACGGGCGUUUCAUUCGAAGAUGCAAGCAAGGCUGCUUGCAAUUCGUCAUUCUCAAGCCCGUUCUCGUUGCGGUGACUUUUAUUCUGUACGCCAAGAACAAGUACGAAGACGGGAACUUUAGCACGCGGCAGAGCUACCUGUACAUCACAAUCAUCUACACGCUCUCCUACUCUCUAGCCCUGUACGUGCUCGUCCUCUUCUACGUCGCCUGCAAAGAGCUUCUCCGGCCUUUCAAGCCCGUGCCAAAGUUCGUGAUCAUCAAGUCAGUGGUGUUCUUGACGUACUGGCAGGGCGUCCUGGUUUUCCUGGCUGCAAAGUCUGGGCUCAUAAAGAACGCCGACGACGCAGCGGACGUCCAAAACUUUAUAAUCUGCAUCGAGAUGGCGGGUGCUGCAGUUGGGCACCUCUACGCCUUUCCUUUCAAGGCUUACGCCGAAUCAAAGGCGGGUACUGCAGGAGGACUUGCCGGAAGCUUUACGCACGCCUUAAAUCUCAAAGACGUCGUCUAUGACACAGUUCACCAGUUUGCUCCUACAUAUCACGACUACGUCCUGUACAGCGAGGAAGACGCUCGAAAGUAUCGAUUGAGAACGGGGCAAGAGAUGGAAACGAUGCAUCCUCACGCAUUCACCGACGCGGACACCAAUCCCAUCCGCUAUGAAUCUCAUCCAGUUGGGCCGCUCUACGAGACAUCACUGCUGGACACGCUACCUCCAGGCCAAGCAACAUCGCCCAUCAGAAAGAGCAGCUCGGAGCUCAAGACCGCGGCGGUGAUGAAAGCUACCAUCGACGCCAAGAUGGCAGGAGACAAAGCUCACUCGGACGAGAUCAACAUCUUGUGAGCUCUAUAGUUUUAUCGACGCCUGCGAGAAAGAGAGAAAACUUCUGGAGAAAAAAAUGAGAAUUCGAUUCAUUUUUUCUUUCGUUAUACAAAUGAUAGAAUGUCUUGGCA